UUUUGAAACAAUUGUAGUGCCAAACUUUUGUUAAAGAGAGCUGCUGUAUCGAGGCUGAAGCCGGUUGUUGUUUUGGUCCUCGGCUUCGUGGAAUGGGUACCAAUGGCACCGCUUGUCCUUCUCCUAUGAAGGCUACAUCCAAUGGUGUAUUCCAGGGUGAUGAUCCUCUUCACUUUGCACUCCCUCUCGUUAUUUUGCAAAUCUGUUUGGUACUUGUGGUCACUCGAGUCCUUGCUUUUCUUAUGAGGCCAUUAAGACAGCCACGAGUUAUCGCGGAGAUUAUUGGAGGAAUACUACUUGGGCCAUCGGCUCUAGGACGGAACCAAAAUUAUCUUCAUGCAAUUUUUCCAGCCAGGAGUCUCACUGUGUUAGACACUCUAGCAAAUCUUGGUCUUCUAUUCUUUCUCUUCUUGGUGGGUCUGGAGUUGGAUCCUAAAUCCAUUCGCCGGACUGGAAAAAAGGCCCUGGGCAUUGCAAUUGUAGGAAUCAGCCUCCCGUUUGCUUUAGGAAUUGGUUCAUCUUUUAUCCUCCGUGCAACCAUAUCUAAAGGUGUAAGUAGUGCUGCUUUCCUGGUGUUCAUGGGAGUGGCCCUUUCAAUUACUGCCUUCCCUGUCUUAGCUCGUAUUCUGGCUGAGCUGAAACUUUUGACCACCGAUGUUGGUAGGAUGGCUAUGUCAGCCGCGGCAGUCAAUGAUGUAGCUGCAUGGGUUCUUCUUGCUCUCGCCAUUGCCCUAUCAGGGUCUAACCAAUCUCCCCUUGUCUCGUUGUGGGUCUUACUGUCUGGUUGUAUUUUCGUAAUUAGCUGUAUCAUCCUCGUUCCUCCAAUCUUCAAAUGGAUGUCUCAGAGAUGCCAUGAAGGUGAACCAGUGGAUGAGAUGUACAUAUGUGCAACAUUAGCUGCUGUUCUGGCUGCCGGGUUCAUUACCGAUACUAUUGGAAUUCAUGCCAUGUUUGGUGCUUUUGUCAUCGGAGUUCUUGUUCCAAAGGACGGUCCACUUGCCGGCGCCCUUGUGGAAAAAGUAGAGGAUCUUGUAUCUGGUCUAUUCCUACCUCUGUACUUUGUUUCAAGUGGAUUGAAGACCAAUGUAGCCACCAUUCAGGGUCUCCAAUCAUGGGGUCUUCUAGUUUUAGUUAUAUUCACGGCUUGUUUCGGGAAGAUCUUUGGCACUGUCAUGGUGUCCUUGUAUUGUAAAGUGCCUAUCCGUGAGGCUUUAGCACUUGGGUUCCUAAUGAACACUAAAGGCUUGGUGGAACUCAUUGUCCUCAACAUUGGUAAAGACAGAAAGGUUUUGAAUGACCAAACUUUUGCCAUAAUGAUUCUAAUGGCUGUCUUUACUACUUUCAUUACCACGCCUCUUGUAGUUGCUGUCUAUAAGCCAGCAAAAAGGGCAAGAAUGGCCGAGUACAAGUACAGAACAAUUGAGAGGAAAAAUCCAAACUCUCAACUCAGGAUCUUGGCCUGUUUCCAUUCGCAAAGAAAUGUUCCAUCGUUGCUUAACCUGCUCGAGUCCUCAAGAGGAACCGAAAAGCAUCAAGAACUUUGUGUAUAUGCACUGCAUCUCAUGGAGCUUUCCGAGAGGUCAUCAGCUAUACUUAUGGUACACAAAGCACGAAGAAAUGGAUUGCCAUUUUGGAACAAGGGCCACCGAUCAGAUUCUGGUAAUAUUGUCGUGGCAUUUGAGGCUUACCGGCAACUAGGACGAGUGUCAGUCAGGCCAAUGACAUCGAUUUCUUCAAUGUCCGAUAUGCAUGAGGACAUUUGUACUACUGCUGAGGGAAAAAGAGCUGCAAUCAUAAUCCUUCCAUUCCACAAGCACCAAAGGCUGGAUGGCUCAUUGGAGACUACCCGGAGUGACUUCCGCUGGGUUAACAGGAGGGUACUUGAGCGUGCGCCUUGCUCGGUUGGAAUUUUCGUUGAUCGUGGACUCGGUGGAAGUAGCCAUGUGGCUGCGAGUAACGUUUCCUAUUCCAUUACAGUUCUCUUCUUCGGGGGUCGAGAUGACAGAGAGGCCCUUGCUUACGGCAGUCGCAUGGCUGAGCACCCGGGUAUCAGACUAACGGUUAUUCGCUUUCUAGUGGAGCGUGAGGCUGCAGGGGAGAUUACAAGAGUUAACAUGGAAGAAGAUUCUAGCACCAUUUUGGACUCAGUAGAUGAGGUGCUCCUGAACGAGUUCAAGAAGACUAAGGCCGACAACAACUCCGUCAAAUAUGAAGAGAAAGCUGUUACAAGUCCGGAACAAGCCAUUGCCAUAAUCCGUGAGACUGGCCGCUGCAAUCUAUAUCUGGUUGGUCGAAUGCCUGCCGGUGAAGUGGCCUUGGCUUUAACGAGGAGGAGCGAGUGCCCGGAAUUGGGGCCUGUGGGGACUUUGUUGACUUCACCAGAUUUCUCUACGACAGCAUCAGUUUUGGUUCUGCAACAAUACAAUGGUCAGGUUCCCCAGAAUUUUACCUCAGAAAGUGCGGAAGAAGUGUCAACAGAAACAGACUGAAUAAUCAAUAAUCACCUAACUGGAUUUCUUGUUCUAUAACUUGAACUUGCCAAUUAGACGGGCUAAUAACUAGUGCUAAAAAACCACUUUGCACAAAGAAUAAAUGCAGUUUUUGAGAAGUUGGAUUUUA